GCAUGUCAGAAACAGACUGCAAUGAAAAUGGCGUCCUGUUGUCAGGAUCGGUUUCGACAAAAUUUUAACUCUUGAAAACUUUCAUGACCCAUGCUUCAUCAAGUAAAAUGAACUAAAAAGAAUCAAUCUAAAAGAUUAGUAGUACAAACCAAGUAAAAUAUUUUGUCUAAAAAGCCAUCAGUACCCGUAGAACGAGCAGGAUAAAAAAGGGCUUCGAGAUGUCCCGAAAAUCUGUUUGGUUUUAGUGCUGUGGAGUGUUUGUUCGUCGGAAACGGACUCUUUACAGUAUUGGGAGGAUCACCCGGAGGAACAACAGCACCGUGUAAUAUGUGCUGCACCGCUCCUCUCUCCGGUUCGUAAAAUGGAAAAAAAUCGGCAUGGGCGACAUAGCAAAGAUAAGUCGAAAAAGUCGAAAAAGCGCAAAAAUCGAGAAGCGAACGGUUCCUCUGCGUCCGGGAGUUUGUUAGCGAGUUGCAAACCGCUAGUGGAGUACUCUGAUGUUAGUUCGGAGGACCUUUCAGGACCCGAAGCUGGUGAGAUACAGAGUGGAGAAGAGAGCUUCAGUCUGAGUGAUGACGGUGAGAUAAUGCAUAGGAGUAGUCGACAUAGCAGAUUCACGCGGCUUGAAGAGGAAUAUUACCUUGCCCGACAGAGCCAGUUGGUCAUUGGCCACUCUCCAGGUCGCAGACACCGUUUGGACCCGUCUAUGAUCCCCCGUUCCCCCUCCCCCACUCUGAUGGUACCUCACCGCGAACGUAAGCCGUCAGUGUCGUCAAAAUCGUCCCGUUCCAGCGAAGUCCGCCACCGUCGAAAAACCGAAGGUUCCCCAUCCGACUACAGACAAGUGAUAAUAUCUCCGGAUUACACCGACGACUAUGACUCGCUAGACCGAAAGAAACGAAAAAAGAAAGAACGAAAACACAAAAAAGAAAAAAAGAACAAGAAAAAGAAAAAACGUUCCAAACAUCAUUCGCGCAGCACGAGCUUAGACAGUCUAGACAGCGAUUCCGUCGAAACGCCCCCGAAGUCCAAGAACGAAGAGAAGGAAGUCCUCUCCGACUGGGAGAGUCCGACUGUCAAGCCUCUCCCGCCAAUCACGGACAAGAUCGACACCAGCGCGUGCUCGCCGGUGUCGAACGACAGCCACAUUGCGUCGCCCGAGCCAUUGGAGCCGGAAAGGCGCUCCCCCAGUCCGGUGGUGGCGGCUACGCCGCCCCCGAGAAGCCACAAGGACUACCCGCCGCCAAGGGAGUCGCCGCACACGCCACCCCUGGCGCCGAUCAGGGUGAACAAUUCGGUGGAGGACUACGAAAGACACAAGGCGUACGACUGUUCACCGAUAGUGAUUGACGAUUAUAGCCAAAGUCACACUUCGGUGAAGUCGCCUUACAGGAAUCCCAGUCCAGAUUUGGUCAUGCAUCAUUCGCAUAGUUCAUCGACGUCGACGUCGAAAAGGAGAAGGCCGGAGAGGAGUUCGAGUCAUCAUAGGAAACACAGGAGGGAGAAGGAUCAUGUUAGGGAUAAGAGAAGGCUGAGUAGGAGUAGGAGUCCGUUGAGUAGGAGAAGGUCGAGGUCGUCGAGUUGGAGUAGGAGGCAUCAUAGUCCGUCGCCUAGUAGAAGUAAGAUGAAGAGGUAUAGAUCGAGGAGUCCCAGGAGGGAUAGGGACAGGAGAAGUCGCGAGAAGAACCGCAGCCCCAGCCCUCACUCAAUCAAAUCCUCCCAACUAAAGAACAAAAUCACCGACACUAGUCUAUUCGCCGAGCUAGUGAAAGACCGGCACAAACGCGAACUCGAACUGAAGAAGCUCGAGAACAUGCUAGAAAACAAAGCCGAACACAAACCAGAAACCGAGACUGAAAAAAAAACGGAACCGAGCACCGCACCGACGACGACGACCACCACCACCACCACGUCGGCGACGACGAGCGACGAAGUCGACGCCACGGCCAACACAAAGAACAACGCCAACAUCCCCAUUCCUAUGGACAUCGACGACAUCCCGAUACCAUCCGACCAAAACGUCGUCAAGCUGAACGAAAUCGCCUUACCUGAAACCGUGCCGUUACCGAACGAGAGGCCCGAACAACCGCCGACGCCGCCGCUCCCCAACUCGCUGCCGCCGAAGCUGGCCAACUCCGUCGACAAGGUGCAGCCGCCGCUGCCCCCGGCGACGGCGCCGCUCCCCAAGAAGGAAACCGGCAAGAAGCAGAGGGGCUCGAUCACCAAGCUGCCGAUGCCGCCGGGGAUGAACCAGAGCGAGCUGGAGAACAUCGAGUCGCCGCCGAGCAGGUCGCCCACGCCGCCGGCGGUGGUCAAGGCCAAGACGCCGCCGUUGAAGAAGGGGAUCAUGAACCUGCCGAUGCCGCCAGUAAUUCCAGGAACGGAGGAACUGAGCGGUGACGACGACGUCACUAACACCCCUCCGCGAAUCGUGAACAACAAGGUGGGCGAGAAAUCCCGAGCGACGCCGAAGCCUCGCUUAAAACGUCCGAAGAUCCUCAAGCGGAGGGGUUCGAGGAACUUCCAGGCGGUCAGCGGGAAAGACUGGGGCGAGCGAUGCGUCGACAUGUUCGAGGUGAUCGCCCAAAUCGGCGAAGGGACUUACGGGCAAGUGUACAAAGCCAAAGACGUGGACGCCGGGGAAUUAGUGGCCUUGAAAAAAGUAAGAUUAGAGAAUGAAAAAGAAGGCUUCCCAAUUACCGCCGUUAGAGAGAUAAAGAUCUUAAGACAGUUGAAUCACAAAAAUAUCGUUAAUUUAAGGGAGAUCGUUACGGAUAAGCAGGAUGCUGUGGAUUUCCGGAAAGACAAAGGCUCGUUUUAUUUAGUUUUCGAGUACAUGGACCAUGAUCUGAUGGGACUGUUGGAAUCGGGAAUGGUGGAUUUCAACGAGAUGAACAACGCUUGCAUCAUGAAGCAGUUGUUGGAUGGGUUGAAUUAUUGUCACAAGAAGAAUUUCUUGCAUAGGGAUAUCAAAUGUAGCAACAUUUUAAUGAAUAAUAGAGGCGAAGUGAAACUGGCGGAUUUCGGUCUGGCCCGCCUUUACAACGCUGAAGAUAGACAGAGGCCUUACACGAACAAAGUAAUCACGUUGUGGUAUAGACCCCCAGAACUGCUCCUGGGUGAGGAAAGAUACGGUCCGGCAAUCGACGUCUGGAGCUGCGGCUGUAUUUUAGGUGAACUGUUUCUGAAGAAACCGUUAUUCCAGGCAAACGCUGAGAUGAUGCAGCUAGAAAUGAUCUCGAGGGUUUGUGGUACUCCAACACCGGCAGUUUGGCCGUCGGUCAUCAAACUGCCCCUUUUUCACACCCUCAAGCCUAAAAAGCUCCAUCGGAGGCGUUUGCGUGAAGAUUUCAUGUUUAUGCCAACAUCCGCACUGGAUUUGCUGGAUAAAAUGUUGGAUUUGGAUCCAGAAAAGAGGAUUUCGGCGGAGGAUGCGCUCAAGUCGCCGUGGUUGAAAAAUAUUAACCCGGAACAGAUUUGCGCGCCCGAGCUGCCGACGUGGCAGGACUGCCACGAGUUGUGGAGUAAAAAGAGGAAGCGGCAAAUGCGGGAGCAGCAGGAGUCCAUGCAGAAUUUGCCGCCCGGUAAGCCGUUGGUGAUGGGGCGAGAUAAGAAACCCGACGAUACGUCAGAAGUAGGGGGUUCCUCCAAAGUGCUGAAAAUGGAAGCGUACGACGCCGCCGUCCUGUCGUACGCCCUGGCGACGGCCGCCACCAAAAUCAAACCCGGCUUACUGGGAAUCGCCCCCAUGUUACCCCCCAGAAUCCCAGACGGAGAGUCGCUCACACCCCCCGCGCGACACGACAAUAUCCCAGAAACGGACGAAAACCGCGGUUACCUUUACCAGCUGCUGUGCACCGUCGAGCAACAAAUUAUCAAUAAAACGGGCGUCCAGCUGCCCCAGCUCAUGGAGAUUUGCUCCACGAAGCAGUCACAGGUGGACCAGCAGACCAUCGCGCAUCUGGAAACCCUCCAGAAUGAGCUACGCCAAAUCUGCAAAGCCAAUCCUAACUCGACGCAUUUGUUGCAACUCAAUGUUGACGAAGACGAUAGUCCUGGAGUGUCCUUAAAAACCGAAACUGUAUGCAAGAGCUUGGUUGAGUUGUUGAAACAGUUUGGGCUAGUCUUAGGCGCGAACGUUUUGAAGAAGGUUUUAGUCAACUAAUUAUGUGAGCCUUAAUUUUGUAUAAAUUUUAUAUUUUGCGAGGUUUGUUUGGUUGUUUAUUUUUAUGUACACUUGUGGCAAAGAUACUACAUAUUUUAGCAAAUACUGUCAGAUUGUACAUUUAUCAAUAAGUAAAGACAAAUAUUA